GUUUUCUUCUUUUUUUGGCUUUGCCUUUUCUCUUCAAAAACCCUGACAGAGAAAUAUAUAUAUCCAUCUCAUAUAUUGCAUAUCCCUACCGGGUCUCUAAAGUUCCUCUCCUCCUUUCUUUGCAGUUCUAGGUCUGGGUCUCAUGAGACUUGUCAGGGGAAUGCAGAGAUUGUUUCGUGAUGAAGUGAACGUGCUAGGCUGGAAGAAAUCGUUCAGCCAAGGGAUUGGCAUUACCGUGUCCAAGGCAAGAACUCGGGACAAACCUAUGAUUAGGGUUUUGGAUCUCUAAAUUUUAGGGGUUUUGAAGGGAAUAAUUAGGGAUAGAGUAUCUCAUUGAGAAUAGUAAUAAUCGAUAGCAAUGACCCGCAUUUUGGUUCAACGAGGUUCUGCUGGAAGCUCUUCUUCAAAUCCGAGCCGUUCUUCUUCCUUGCCUGGACCAUCUUCUUUUCGAGUGGAAUCACAAGUUUCUACUCAUCAAGUUCCUUCAGUUGCAAAAGAUGGGGAGGUUAGUAAGGAAGUGCUGGAACAAGUUACUUCAGAUGAGCAUUUAGAGUGUUCGAGGAGUAUUGGAAAUAAGGGUUUGAAAGAUGAUCCUUUGCUAGAAAAUUUGCAUAAUAAUCGGAAUGAAACGUCAAGUGACACAAUUGCUGAGGCUGAGAAAGUGAACACGCCUGAUGCCUUGGGUUCAUGGGACAUGAUGAAUGAUUCAGAUGGGUUGAGGGUUUCUGAAAAAGUUGCUGCUGAAUCUGGAGGUUCAAGUAGUGACCCCUCACUAAUUGGCAGUGGGUGUCCCCAUCCUCCACCACCUCCCAUUCCACCACCUAAACCUUCAUCAGCAAAUUCACAUUUAAGAAGAUUUGUCUCAGGAAGCUCAAUUCUUGUUCACACUGGAUUAUCUAGAAGAGCUGUUGCCUGGCCCAUUGUUUCAACGAGGACAUCCCCAUCUGAGUCAAGGCCUUCUUCUCCUCGAUCACACGUUGAGAGUGACGGUUACAAUAGCGCUGAUGAGCAAAGCCCAUGCUUUGUAUCCUCCUAUAGUGAUGCCGAAAGGGAAAGACAAUUUGAACUUGAUAUUAGACGAGCAAAAGGUUUAGAAGUCAAACGGAUGUUGGAAGAUGGGAACUGCCUCUUCCGGGCUGUUGCUGAUCAAGUGUAUGGGGACUCUGAAGCUUAUGAUUUGCCUCGACAAAUGUGCAUUGACUAUAUGGAGAAAGAAAGGAAUCACUUUUCUCAGUUUAUAACCGAAGGCUUUACAUCUUAUUGUAAGAGGAAAAGACGAGAUAAGGUCUAUGGGAACAAUGUGGAGAUUCAAGCCUUAUCAGAGAUGUAUAACAGACCUAUUCAUAUCUACUCCUACAGCAUAGAACCUAUCAACAUAUUUCAUGGAAGCUAUAAUACCGACACACCUCCCAUAAGGCUUAGUUACCAUCAUGGGAAUCAUUACAAUUCACUUGUUGACCCACGUCGUUUGACAAUUGGCGCUGGGCUCGGAUUUAGAUGUCUUCAAGGGACUAAUGUGGACAAGGAUCAAGUGAAGGCUGCUAUUAAAGCUCAACAAGAUCAACAGUUUGAUAAUGCACUCCUAGCUGAGGGGCGGUUCUACUCCGAUCUUGAGCUUACUGAGAAGGAAAUCGAGCGAAUGGUUAUGGAAGCUUCUCGAGCUGAGUACCUUGCGAAUGACAAGUUUAAGAUGCAUGUGGGCCAUAAAGAGUUAUCUGCUUCCACUGCGGAACCAUCAUCAUCUGGAGAUGGGGGUGCAUCAGGAAGUGAAACCAAAGUGGAGCAGGAUACAGUUCUGAGCAGUGGGAUACAAUUACUGUUGUCGAUGGGAUUCAGUUAUCUGCAGGCGAUUGAAGCGUGUAGCAUAUUCGGGGACGACGUUGAUUCCAUGGUGUGUUAUCUGCUAGAAACAAGCAGUAGUAGCAGAUGCAAAGGCAAGGCAACGGAAUGAAUACAGAGGCGUGGAGAGCAAUUCGUAUUUGCGGGUAAUGUUGGUGAGAAUAAA